AAGGAGUACCUCAAGUAUAUUAAAAUAGUUCUUGACAUCCUCGACAAAGUAUACGUUUACAUUUCGGUAGAAAAAUCUUUUAUAGCCUAUCUAUUAGUUAGACUUCUCGGCUAUAUAGUCAAUAGUGAAGGAGUAGCUAAGAUAGAUGAUAGAAUCGCUAUAUUUAAGAAGCUUAAGUUUCCUAAUACUCUAGAAACCUUAGAGUAG